AUGCCCGCAGCCCCCGCCCACCAUCCGGGGACUGUGAGCUGGAUCGUGGAGCGGGCCAGGAACCUGCACAGGGACCCGUCCCUGGAGCAGCAAGGUGUCUUCAUCCAGCUGAUGGCUGCCCUGGCACCCAGUCUGGCCACACUUCACCUGCAGAGGGGGCUCUGCCAGACUGUGCUCCUCCAGAGGCCGAGACCCAGCAGCACGGCUGUUCUCUCCACUGGACUGGCUGAAGUACCUUCCUACUGCGAUACUGUGGCUGCUGUCCGCCUGGGUUCUUUCCUCAGGUCCCCUCCAGGCUGUGGUGUUGGUGGUGCUGAGGUCUGCUCUGGACCCUGGGGUCCUGGGCACCGCAUCGUGGCGGCUUCCACCUACUACGAAGAGAAGGACGCUACUCAGAGUGGGGAGCUGACUCGGGAGCAGGAAGUCUCAGAAGAGGUGGAGCCCCGGGGUGCCAAGGGCAGACCACCAGAGUCCAGGGGUCAGAGCCUAGGGAGGCCCGCGGGGCUGCAAAAGAGCACCCCGGGAAGAAGCAAGCCCUCGGAUCUAUGCCCAGACACGAAGCCAGACUGGCGCAGUGCCUGGGGGCUCCCUGGAAAGACCCUCUGGGGCCUGGAGGAAUGUGAGACGGCAUCCCCGUACGGGGACUCCACGCUCAGGCACCCGCGGGCGCCUGGCGGGGAGAGGCCGCACACGUGCGGGGAGUGCGGGAAGGCCUUUGGCCGCCGAUCAGACGCCCUGAAGCACCAGCGCAUACACACGGGCGAGAAGCCGUACUCCUGCGGCGAGUGUGGCCGCGCCUUUGUACACAGCUCGCACUUCACGCAGCACCUGCGCUCCCACCGCGGCGAGAAGCCCUUUAAGUGCCCGGAGUGCGGCCAGGCCUUCAGCCAGAGCUCCAACCUGGCGCAACACCGGCGCGUACACAGCGGCGAGCGGCCCUACGCCUGCGCAGAGUGCGGCCGCGCCUUCAGCCGCAGCUCCUUCCUCCGAGAGCACCGGCGCAUCCACNNNGGUGAGAGGCCGUUCCGCUGCACUGAAUGCAGUCGAGCCUUCGCCCUGAGCUCGCACCUGAUCCAGCACCAGCGGGUGCACAGCCCGGAGGGCGCGCGCGGCUCUUCGCGAGACUGGUUCUUUCUUGGUCCGCAGCGUCCCGGGGAGCUCACCCCUAACGGUGGCAACCCCAAAAGAACAGGGUGGUGCCAGGAAAACCCUGGAGGCGAGACUGGGGGCAGGGAGGAGAAACUGGACAGAAGUUGGUCGAAGACAGGAAAGGGUCUUGCACGCAACGCUAGGGACUCCGAGGUGCGCGGGUCUUCCAGCUGCCUAGCCCCGGGCAGCGCGAAGAUCCCACGGAGCUACCCCACCGCUGAGGCCACGCGCCCGCUCGGGGAUCGUGCUGAGAGCCGAGCUCGGGGGCCCCGCACCCCCUCACCACUGGGCCCUCUGCCACCUCGCCCUCAAGUGUCAUCCAGCCCGCUAGGGGAGCCUGCCAACGUCCGGGAUUCCCCCAUCAGAGGGGAAAGGCGCAGGUCUGUCCGCGAGUGA